CCCGAGCCGGGCGACGGCCCCGGGGGCGCGCCGCCGAGCGCCGAGGCUUUCCUGCUGGUGGCCACCGCCUACGAGACGCUCAAGGAUGAAGAAACACGGAAAGAUUAUGACUACAUGCUGGAUCACCCAGAAGAAUACUAUAGCCAUUACUACCACUACUACAGCAGACGCCUAGCCCCAAAAGUGGAUGUUAGGGUGGUGAUUUUGGUCACUGUGUGUGCCAUUUCAAUGUUUCAGUAUUUCAGCUGGUGGAAUAGCUACAAUAAAGCAAUCAGCUACCUAGCCACAGUACCCAAAUACCGCAUCCAGGCAACAGAGAUUGCCAAGGAGCAGGGACUGCUCAAAAAAGCCAAAGAGAAAGGGAAAAACAAGAAGUCCAAAGAAGAAAUCCGUGACGAGGAGGAGAGCAUCAUAAAGAACAUUAUAAAAAGUAAGAUAGACAUAAAGGGGGGCUACCAGAAACCCCAAGUACGUGACCUCCUCCUGUUUCAAGUCAUCCUCGCUCCUUUUCACCUGUGCUCGUACAUAGCUUGGUACUGCCGGUGGGUCUAUAACUUUAACAUCAGAGGCAGAGAGUAUGGGGAGGAGGAGAGGCUCUACCUCAUACGCAAGUCUAUGAAGAUGUCCCAGUCUCAGUUUGACAGCCUGGAGGACCACCAGAAAGAGACAUUUCUUAAGCGGGAGCUUUGGAUAAAGGAGAAUUACGAGGUCUACAAGCAGGAACAAGAUGAAGAAUUAAAGAAAAAAUUGGCAAAUGACCCUCGAUGGAAGCGGUACCGGAGAUGGAUGAAGAACGAAGGGCCUGGACGGCUGACAUUUGUGGAUGACUGAGGAUUAAUAGGAUGCUGCUGCCCCAGACUUAACUGUGACACUGCUCUCAUGGCAGUUCGAGAGGAGCCUGCUGCUCUCAGCAGUAGCUGCGGUUCACGAGGAUCAAACAGAAUGAUGGAGAAACUUCAACUUCCCAUAAAACUUUAUACAGAAGACAUUUAUGAUGGUUCAAUUUUUAUAAUCUAUUUGUGGAUUUUGUUAAAAAAGAUUUGACAUGGGGAUUUAUUAGUUGCCAUUUAAAAUUUUUAUAUGUUUAGUUAAAUUUGACAUGAAAUUUAUUAGAUACCAUUUAAAACUUC